ACGUGGGGCUCCGGGUUCCGGGUUCUCGGAGAGCUUAGGGGUCCGGCGAGAGGGGCCGCUAGUGCGGCGGGGAGCAGGGCCAUGGAGAAGCUGCGGCGGGUCCUGAACGGCCAGGACGACGAGGAGCAGGGCCUGACCGCGCAGGUCCUGGAGGCCUCGUCCCUCAGCUACGGCACCAGGCUGAAGUGGUUCGUCAUCUGCUUCGUGUGCGGCAUUUUCUUCUCUAUCCUUGGGACCGGAUUGCUGUGGCUUCCUGGUGGCAUAAAGCUGUUUGCAGUGUUUUAUACCUUUGGAAAUCUCGCUGCGCUAGCCAGUACGUGCUUUCUAAUGGGACCCGUGAAGCAACUGAAGAAAAUGUUUGAAACAACAAGAUUGCUUGCAACAAUUAUUAUGCUUUUGUGUUUCAUAUUUACCUUGUGUGCUGCUCUUUGGGUAAGUUACAUCAGCCGUGCCUGCCUCCUACUAACGUGGCCCCUCACCCGCGUCGUCACACCGCCCCAAAGGAGCUCAGAGUCUGGCGUCUAAAACUCC